UAUAUACCCCUAACUUCUUCCAUUCUUCUACCAUUGCCCCCUCUCUUGGUGAAAUACACGCUUCCUCUCUCUCUCUCUAUAUAUCUCUUUCAAACAAUGGUGGAACCUGCAACUGCAAGGGAUACUCAGUUAGCGACAAAGGUCGUGCCUUUGUUAAAGGAUGAGCUUGAUAUUGUUAUUCCCACCAUAAGAAACCUGGAUUUUUUGGAAAUGUGGAGGCCUUUCUUUCAGCCUUACCAUCUUAUCAUUGUUCAAGAUGGUGAUCCCACGAAGACCAUCACUGUCCCUGAUGGUUUUGACUAUGAACUCUAUAAUAGGAAUGACAUUAACAGGAUUCUUGGUCCUAAGGCCUCUUGCAUCUCCUUCAAGGACUCCGCUUGUCGAUGCUUUGGCUACAUGGUUUCCAAGAAGAAGUACAUCUUCACUAUCGAUGAUGAUUGCUUUGUUGCUAAGGAUCCUUCUGGGAAGCCAAUCAAUGCACUCGAGCAACACAUCAAGAACAUUCUCUCCCCAUCAACUCCCUUUUUCUUCAAUACCCUUUAUGAUCCUUACAGAGAAGGUGCAGAUUUUGUGCGUGGAUACCCUUUCAGCCUACGUGAGGGUGUUCCUACUGCUGUAUCUCAUGGCCUCUGGCUCAACAUCCCCGACUAUGAUGCACCUACACAGCUUGUAAAGCCUCUGGAGAGGAACACUAGGUUUGUGGAUGCUGUUCUGACAAUUCCAAAGGGCACCCUGUUCCCUAUGUGUGGUAUGAAUUUGUUAUUCGACCGUCAGUUGAUUGGCCCUGCAAUGUACUUUGGUCUUAUGGGUGAUGGUCAGCCAAUUGGUCGCUAUGACGAUAUGUGGGCUGGCUGGUGCACAAAGGUGAUCUGUGACCAUUUGGGACUAGGAGUGAAGACUGGCCUUCCAUAUAUCUAUCACAGCAAGGCGAGCAACCCAUUUGUGAACCUAAGGAAGGAGUACAAAGGCAUAUUUUGGCAGGAAGAGAUCAUUCCAUUCUUCCAAGCUGCCACUCUUCCCAAAGAUUGCACCACUGUUCAAAAGUGCUACAUUGAACUGUCCAAGCAGGUCAAGGAGAAGCUCAGCAAGGUUGAUCCCUACUUCGAUAAGCUUGCCGAUGCUAUGGUCACUUGGAUUGCAGCCUGGGAUGAACUUAACCCAUCUGGAGCUCCUGCUAAAGUUGCCAAUGGCAAAGCAUAGUUGAUAUUUUUCAUUAGUGCAAAUUUUCUUUUGAAAAUCAUUAAUUUGAAUACUAUUACCCUGAGAGGGAAAAAACUAAAAGCUUUAUUGACCAGUGUGGUCAAAUGCUUGGAUUUCUGGAUCAGUGCAUGUAAUUUUACUUUCUUUUUUUUUUUUUCCAGUUAACUUCUUGUUAUGAGCAUUUCAGCCAAUAAAGGACGUACUUAUUAGCAUU